AUGUCUCAACCUCAGCAACAGCCCAAGCCCGCGCCUUCUGCGGUCGUGCAGCAGAGCGAUAACAUUGCUCAUGCGCUGGCAGGUGCAGGAGGUGGUAUUCUAUCGAUGGUCAUGACAUACCCUCUGAUCACGCUAUCCACGAGAGCCCAGGUCGAAUCCAAGCGCGCGCACUCCACAACCCUCGACGCGGUGCGUCGCAUCGUUCAACGUGAGGGUAUCUCCGGUCUCUACUCCGGCCUGGAGUCCGCCCUGUUCGGAAUCAGUGUCACCAACUUCGUAUACUAUUACUGGUAUGAGUGGACCCGUGCCGCCUUCGAGAAGGGCGCAAUCCAGUCCGGCCGUGCCUCGAAGAAGCUCACGACCGUGGAGUCCAUGAUUGCUGGUGCCAUCGCGGGCAGUGCUACCGUCAUGUUGACCAACCCUAUCUGGGUCAUCAACACCCGCAUGACAGCUCGCAAGUCUGAGUCUGAUGAGAGCCUACCCGGCGCACCCAAGAAGGCCAAGGCCUCAACCUUCAGCACUUUGAUGACUCUUCUGAAGGAGGAGGGCCCUAAGGCCCUGUUCGCCGGUGUCCUGCCGGCCUUGAUCCUGGUGAUCAACCCCAUCCUUCAGUAUACCAUUUUCGAGCAACUGAAGAAUAUUGUCGAGCGCCGUCGGCGUAUGACUCCUAAGGAUGCUUUCUAUCUGGGUGCGUUGGGCAAGAUCCUGGCCACCAGCAUCACAUACCCUUAUAUCACCGUCAAGAGCCGCAUGCACGUGGCCAGCAAGGAUGGCCCUAAGGAGAGCCUGAAUGGCAGCCUUAAGAAGAUUAUCCGGGAGGAGGGAUACACCGGUCUGUACAAGGGAAUUGGUCCCAAGGUGACUCAGAGUGCCAUCACCGCCGCCUUCCUCUUCGCCUUCAAGGAUGUGCUCUACGACGCCAUGGUGUCUGUGCGCAAGGGCCGCUCUAUUCGCAAGUAA